AUGCCACCGCCCGCGCCACUUUGCUGCCCACACCCGGCCUUUGCAAGUCCAGCGCCUGCCCUGGCCUGCCGUCUUGCUUUCAGCACCCUCAAAACACUGCGCGCGCCGCCGGCUUCUCGCACACGCGCAGAAGCGCGGGCCAGCGGGCUGGCUCCCUGCUCCCACCUCUCUGUCCCGAACGCCCCUGCCCGGAGGGCGCUGGAACUCAGCAAAAGGUCAGCUGGCUGCGUUGGCCGGGAAUCGAACCCGGGUCAACUGCUUGAAGGCAGCUAUGCUCACCACUAUACCACCAACGCUCCACAGCCGGCGGCCGCCACACGCCGGCCCCGGCUCGCCCCAGCAUACUCUCGCCGCCGCCGCCUCCGCAUCCUGCCCGACGCCCGGCAGCCGGAGGCUCUGCGCCGCCGCCGGCGCCCCCAGCAGCCACGCGGCGCCCCAGCGCGCCAGCGCUACGCCGUCGCCGGGAUCCACCGGCCCACCGCCCAGGGCGGCGCCCCGCGCCUUGCGCCCUCCGGCCCUUCGCUCCCGCGCGGCCGCCAACGCCUCCGCCCUCACCCCGGCGGGCAACGCGGGGCACGCAGCUUCCAGCACCAGCUGGCCAAAGCCCUACUCCACCGGGCGCUGGGCGAGGCCACUUCCCACGACGACAAGGGGACACGGGACCCACCUGCCUGCACGCGUCGCGGCGCCGUGACGAGCCGCGCGGCGUGGCCGUCGCGAGCCUACGAGCCACUCAGGCAGCCACUGGGGGUCGGUGCGUGGGCGAGUGGCGGGCCGCCAGAUCCGGCUAUGUCGGGCAAGGCGUGGGUCGCCAAGGAGGCCUCGCCCGCCGUGGCGACCGUGCGCCCGCCGACGACAAAGGGCUCGGACGGCGGGAGGGGACGAAGGCCCUCGGGGCCUGGCGGCAGGACAGACAGCGACCGCGGCCACCAAAAGGGUGUGUUGCCUCCCCGUCGGGAAUCGAACCCGGUCUCCCGCGUGACAGGCGGGGAUACUCACCACUAUACUAACGAGGACGGCGGCGACCGUCUGCCGCCCCGCCGCCUCGGCUCUCGGGCUGCCUGCCCACGCCUCCCCUUGCCCAGCACGGGCGCCGGCCACACGGGUCCCGACCCAACCGCGCACCAAACCAACCGCCUCGGUCACAGCGGCAGCCGCCACCCCGACAGGGACCCGGACCCCCGGGGCACUGGACCCUCCCCAGCGCGCGCCGCCUCUUGCCUCCAACGGGGCGUUCCCGCGGGAGAAGGGGGCGCGAGAAGGCAAGCGGGGCUGCGAGGACACGGUGGGCGCGCGCCGGCCGGCGUCGGGCCAGGAGAGGCGCGGGCGAGGAGGGGCCGGCCGCCGAGGCCCGGUGGUCCGCGGCGCCAGCUGCCGCGGAGCAGGCGCCUGGGCCGGCCGCCGCGCGCCGGCUCCGUCGACCCCACUCCGGACGGCCGCCUGCCUGCCUGCCUGCCUGCCUGCUGGCGUGGCGCCCGCGCGCCCGCCAAGGGCGCCGGUGCUCGCGCCGCGUCGGGUCCCAGCCAGGCGAGCGGCCACGCGCCCAGCCAGGCCGCCGUCAGGAUGGCCGAGCGGUCUAAGGCGCUGCGUUCAGGUCGCAGUCUCCCUGGAGGCGUGGGUUCGAAUCCACUCCUGACAAGCCAGCCUUUUGGCCCGCGGACAAACGCACCCGUCCUCCCCGCGCCACUGCCUUUCUCCACACACGCCCUCCCCCGCACCUGCACCCCCACACCAGGAACUUCAGUCCUUCUCAGCGCCUCUUUCCUCGCCAGCGGGCUGCACCUGCAGCUGCUGCUUUUCCUGCCUCCCUGCCUCCCCUUGCCUACCCACGCCCACCCUCGCCCUCCUCCCCCUUCCACUGCCACGGCCCCGCGCGCCCGCCCCGCCCCCGGCCGCGCCGAAGCACGCAGCCCGCGGCGGGUGGCAAGCCCUCCUCGCUUCGCCGGCGCUCCGACAUCUGCCGGGGAACGGCCUACUCGCCUGGCAGCCUCGCUUCCACGGCCGCCCCGCCAGCUCUCCCGCCAGGCCGGCACCCCGUCCUCCGCGCCCGCCCGCCGGCGCCGCCUGCGCUCCCAGCCACAGCGAGGCGGCCGAGCCCCCGCCUUGCCGCCAGGGGGUGCCGCGUGCCCUCGACCCUUCUCCGCCUCCGUCCCGGCAAGGGUGCUCCGCUGGGAGGGAGCGGAAGCCCUGCGUGCCCGUCAGCCCACCCCCGGCGCCCGGCCCGCGCCCCCGACCUCGGCGCCACGGCGCCCGUUCCCGUGGGAAGCCGCUGCCCCGGCCGGAGCCAAGCCCGCCCUGGCGCGCUCCCUGCCUCUCAGCGGCAGUCCCCGAGCCAGGGGCCGCUCUGCCAAAGGGCCCCUGCUCACCACCACCUCCCCGUCAGAGCCGGACCCGGGAGCGCGGUCGGCCAGAGCGCAGGAGCCAGGCUCACACGCCUUUGGUCCUUGGCCUGAGCGCGGUUCUAAGGAUGGGAUGCGGGCGGCGGGGGGGAGGCGCUCGGAGGCCUCCACGCUCCCGCGCUCGCGCUUCCCGCACAGACCGAGCCCGCGUCCCUUCCCCGGCCGCUCUCGCACGCCCCACCCGGCACGGCCGGAAAGCCAGCCGCCAGGGGGACUUUGGGUCGGGACCCGGCGGUCGCUGAGAGGCACGAUGGCGCGCGGCCGCAGCGACCACGCAGCGCCUGCACCUGACAGGGAUCCCGGCGCCCUCACGCGACACCGAGAGGGUCGCGGCGGCCGUGGUCGGCGCAGAAGGCGCGGGACGGGCCGAGUGGGCCCGCGUCCCGUCGCCCGGGCUCCCUCCGAGAGCGCCGCGCCCGGGGUCCUGCACGUGCCGGAUCCUGUCUUACAGGUCGCCGCCCGUCGUCUCCUGCUGCAACGGGGCAGAGAGAUGCCCACGGGCGAGCAGUGA